AUGUCACUUCAGCGAGGCAUUUUAGCCGCAGUCCUAGUCGUGUUGGCCUACAUCAUCAAGCUCGUGUGGACUGGAUAUACGUCUUCGCUGUCAAAGUUACCAGGCCCUCGGUACUCCAAAUACACCAACCUCGUCCUUCGUUACCAAACCCUCUCAGGAAAAAGAAUCUUCUACGUAGACAAACUUCACCAGCGCUAUGGCGGCAUUGUACGGAUCGCGCCGAACGAGGCCGCAGUUUCGGAUAUAGCAGGCGUAGCUCAAAUACACAAGAUUGGUGCCGGGUUCUUGAAGUCGGACUUCUAUACGGGCCUUACGCCAACCAAUACACCUGGUAUAUUUGCUAUGCGUGACCCGCAUGCGCAUGCCAGCCGAAGGAAGCUGUUCGCCCGAGCGUUCAGUAACAGCAGCUUGAACAGCAACUGGGAUGUGGAAGUUAGAAAGAAAGCGGUUUUGGCUGUCCAAAGGAUCCAUCGGAAUGCUUCUGGCUCUUCACAGGGCGCCGAUAUCCUCAAAUGGUGGACACUCAUGACGAGCGACGUGAUUGCACACCUCAGCUUUGGAGAAAGCUUUAACAUGCUUGAGCUGGGAAAGCAAACACCGUACAUUGAUGCUAUCCAGGCUGCGCUGCUUGCUGGGGUGUUGCGAGCCGAAAUGCCUAUCGUAUUCAGUAUCCUCCGUCGCAUCCCAUUGGAACAAGCACGGCUAAUCACAACCACCGACGAUGUCGUGUAUGGAUACGGCAGGCGCGCGAUUCAAAACAUGCGUAACAGUAACGGCAAUACUAUGAAUCUAUUUGGUCAGAUGCUAGCUGCUUGUGAAAACAGCGAGAAGGUUGCACUUACAGACAAGGACAUUGUGGAAGAAGCUGGAAAUCUCAUUGUCGCAGGAUCAGACACUACCGCGGUCACUUUGACCUAUCUCGUCUGGGCGGUCCUCCAACAGCCGCAUCUACAGACUCGGCUCGAGAACGAGAUUGCACAACUAAGCGACGAGCUGACCAAAGAAGAGCUCGAGACUGCGCCUGUAUUGAACAGUGUUAUCGACGAAACGUUGAGACUCUAUGGCGCUGCGCCCGGUGCCUUGCCUCGGACCGUUCCCAAGCAAGGCACGGUUAUAAGCGGGUAUCACAUCCCUGGGGGUGCCGUUGUCAGCACUCAAGCUUACACAAACCACCGGGACCCUUCAGCCUUCGCUGAACCACUUCGAUUCGAUGGUCUUCGGUUCUUGAACAAGUCCACGAUGUCAGCCCUUCAGAAAGCAUCAUACAUGCCGUUCGGAGGUGGCUCAAGAGUGUGCAUCGGCAUUCAUCUCGCAUACAUGGAGCUUCGUCUAGCAGCAGCCCUCUUCUUCCGAGAAUGCCGUGGUGCCAAAAUUGCUGACUGCAUGCAGGAUGAGAUGAUGGAGAUGGACAACAGGUUCUUGAUCUCGCCUAAGGGUCAUUGCUGCUAUAUCACAUUGAACCGAUGA